GAAGGUGCAAAGCCAGCAAGCUCUUUACCAUAAAAUUGGGCGAUCUUGCUUUAUUGUUAUGUAGCAACAGAAGCCCGCUCAUGCUGCUUCGACGGUGCUUUUUCGCCUUCUCUAUGCUCUGGACAGGAGAGGAAGCCACUCGACUGAUAUGGAGAGGAGAGCUAGUGGACACGGGGAGGGAGUGUGUCAUUCGUAAGGGUCCCAGCUCAGCAACGUUUAAGACCAGUAGCUCAGGAGUUAGAAAGUAUCAGCAGAUCCUAGACAUGCAACGCAAGGUUAAUCGUGGGUGAGUGUGAAAGGUAACCAUGCAAGGAUAUGCAGCGGAAUAUAAAAUUUUUUAACAUCCUAACAUGAUUAUCUUGCCCAGAAUCACGUACUAAAACUUAUAGUAGUAAGAAAUUUAUAACUUUCUCCAUAAGCGGUAAAAACGAAGAAGUCGUAGGAAGAGCGUUGAAAGUGCAAACGUAACCGUUCAAGCGUCCGGUCUCCAACUUUGACACACGAACAACGCCGGAGUCUAUCACAAUCUUUAUGCUAGUAAAGAUUAUAGUAGUAUAAAAUAUAAAGAUUAAAAUUGGGAUAAUAAUAAUCUUGUAUAUUUCUAUAGAAAAUAUUUCUAAUAAUAUUUAGAAAAUAUUAUAGAUAUUUUCUAUACACAAAAUGAUAUUAAUGGAACACAAAAUAAACUUUCUCUCUCUAAGAAAUUUAUGGCCGAAAA